AUGAAUGCCGAUCCCAGUCCCGAAACAGCAGGCGCCACGCUUGCGCUGUCACUACCCCCUGCCGCGCUGUACCGCCGUGAAACUAUCGUCGACCUCGGUGCUUACCCAACGUCCACUCUCAUCGUGCAGGAGGUAAUACAUGUGCACCCUCCGGAGAACCUUAGUACUACAGAUGAUCGGGCUAGCCUCGGCCUGCUCCUCAAUCUAAUGAUCUUCAUUGGCACGAUCUGCAUGUUCGUUGCCACCAUCGCCCUGACUGGCAGCGCACCAAUGACGCCCACGCUGAAGGGUAGUGCCAUAUCCGGUAUCAUCGGCACCCUAUCUGCCGGUGCCGGGGCAUUGUUCAUCGCAAAGAACGCACACAUCGUCGCGUGGCGUGCGCUUUUCCUCAGUUGUGUAUGUGCCAUUGUAGGAUCGUUGGGCGUCGUUGCUGAGACCCAACCGUGGGAGGUGACGGCGGUCGCCGGAGGGUGUGCUGUCGUCGUGCUUCUUGGUGUUGUAUGGUGGCUGAGGGAGAAGGUGAAGGGCUUCGAGGAUGCAGAGGUCGGGCUGGUCCGCCGUUAG